UGCUUUAAAUUCAUUUGAAGACGUGGAAAUGUCAAACACAUUUAACCUCAAUCUGUCAUAUUUUUUGUUAUUAAAACUUAAAAGAAAAGUACUAGAAUAAUAUUUUUGAAGUGAAAAAUUAAUUUAAAAAAAUGUCAACAAUACGAGAAAAACAGAUAAAUGCAUUGAAGCAAAUGUUGAAUUUAAAUGGACAGGAUAGUAAAAAUGAUGUGCCAAUUUGGAAAGUUUUAAUCUACGAUCGUAUAGGACAGGAUAUUAUUUCACCUUUAUUAUCAGUUAAAGAAUUACGUGAACUUGGUAUAACAUUACAUAUGCAAUUACAUUCGGAUCGUGAAUCAAUACCAGAAGUACCGGCAAUUUAUUUUUGUUCACCGUCUGAUGAAAAUUUAUGUCGUAUUGGUCAGGAUUUACAAAAUAAUUUAUAUGAUAAUUAUCAUUUAAAUUUUAUAUCGCCAAUAACAAGGCAAAAAAUGGAAGAUUUAGCAUUAUCAGCUGUUCAAUGUGGUGCUGUUGCAAAUAUACAAAAAGUAUUUGAUCAAUAUUUAAAUUUUAUAACAAUUGAAGAGGAUUUUUUUAUAUUAAGACAUCAAAAUAGUGACGAUAUUUCUUAUCAUGCAUUAAAUCGUGGUGAAAUAAAAGAUACUGAAAUGGAAUUUAUCAUUGAUACAAUUGUUGAUGGUUUAUUUUCAGUAUUUGUAACAUUAGGAACUGUUCCAAUAAUACGUUGUCCAAAGGGUAAUGCAGCUGAAAUGGUGUCAAAGAAACUUGAUAAAAAAUUACGUGAAAAUGUUUGGAAUUCAAGAAAUAGUUUAUUUCAAGGUGAGGGUUUUAAAACAGAGCCAAUGAGUUUUCAAAGACCAGUGUUAAUUGUUUUAGAUCGUAAUAGUGAUAUUGCAACACCAUUUCAUCAUACGUGGACAUAUCAGGCAUUGGCUCAUGAUGUUUUAGAAUUGUCAUUAAAUCGAUUGGUUAUUGAGGAGAGUAGUGGAAGAUCACCAACUGGUAGUGCACGUUCAAAGCCAAGAAUAUGUGAAUUAAAUAAUUUGGAUCGUUUUUGGUCGCAGCAUAAAGGAUCACCAUUUCCAAGGGUCGCGGAGGCAAUACAAGAGGAAUUGGAGCAAUAUCGUGUUUUUGAACAUGAAGUAAAGGAUCUAAAAAGUUCAAUGGGCGUUGAUGAUGAAACAGAAGCUGAGGGUCUUUUUGUAACAAAUAAUACGGCACGUUUAACAAAUGCAGUAAAUUCAUUGCCACAAUUAAUGGAAUUAAAACGAUUAAUUGAUAUGCAUACAUCAAUAGCAACUGGUAUUUUAAAUGCAAUAAAAUUACGAAGACUCGAUACAUAUUUUGAAAUUGAGGAGAAAAUAAUGAGUAAACAAACACUUGAUGCGGGAAUAUUGGAUAUUAUCAAUGAUAAUGAAUGUGGUUUACCUGAGGAUAAAUUAAGAUUAUUUAUUAUUUAUUAUUUACUCACAAAUAUAUCUGAUGUUGAUUAUGGAAAAUAUGAAGCGGCAUUAACAAAUGCUGGUUGUGAUUUAAAUCCAUUAUUAUAUAUUCGUAGAUGGAGGAAUUUUAUGAAAAUAUCGGGUUAUCAAAAUAAUUAUGAGGGUGGUGGUACAAAAACAGUGAGUAUGUUUUCAAAAUUAAUGAAUCAAGGCUCAUCAUUUGUUAUGGAGGGUGUUAAAAAUUUAGUGGUGAAAAAACAUAAUUUACCAUUUACAAGAAUUGUCGAUGAAUUAAUUGAAAUGAAACAAUCAACGCAAACAAAUGAUUAUUGUUAUUUAGAUCCAAAACAAGUGAAAACAAUUGAUCAAACGCCAAAGACAAAAACUGAAUUUCAUGAAGCAAUUGUCUUUGUCGUUGGUGGUGGUAAUUAUAUUGAAUAUCAAAAUCUCAUGGAUUAUGUGAAACAAAAAACAAAUGGGGGUAUGAAUAAAAAAAUUAUUUACGGUUCAACAACAUUGAUUAAUGCAAAACAAUUUCUCGAGCAACUUUCAUUGUUAAGUCAAGACGCUCAAUAGUAGAAAUUUAAAAAAAGACUAGUAUUAAAGAAAAGCAUUUUCUUGUAAAAAAAAAAAUAUCGAAAUGUAAGUAAUUUCUAUAACUUGUUUUGAAAUAAAAUUGUAUAAAGAUA